UGACUCGAGAGUUUCCCGAGAAACCGAGAGAGGCCUGAGAACAGAAAGCGGCCGGUCUCCUGACCGUAUUUAAGGAAUUGGCAGCUGGGAUUGAAUGACACACACCUUCAGUUCUUAGUUACAGCCAUCAUCCUCCAUCAUAUUUCUGACUUUUCUUUCCCCUGAAAACGACUUCACUUGAACUCAACACGCCCCGGCUAAAGAAAUGUCUCAUUCUAAGCCACUGCUAAUCCCGUGGCUGCGUACCAAGAUUGACAGCGGAAGGUAUCCCGGUGUCCACUGGACAAACCUGGAGCGGACAGAGUUCGCCAUCCCAUGGAAACAUGCUUUAAGACAGGACUCCUCCGACACUGACAUCCUCAUCUUUAAGGCCUGGGCAGAGGUGAGUGGCAAUGGCCGGGCUCAUGGAGACCCCUCAGUCUGGAAGAGGAACUUCCGCAGCGCCCUCCGAGCCAAAGGCUUCAAAAUGGUCUCUGACAACAAGAACGACGCUGCUAACCCCCAUAAAGUGUUUUGCUGGCCGGCUGAGUCACCAUCAGGAGCUACCUCUUCUGCUGGAUCCCAGGACCAAGAUGACCCCGAUUUGUUUGAGGAUUAUCCCCUUCCUACACAAGACAGCCCGGUCAUCCCAAGCUUUGAUGACCAUCUCUAUCUCCCAGAAGACACUGUGUUUUUAGCAGAAUCCUCUGCCAGCCAUGAUAUUCUCCAGGAGUGUCUAAUGGGACUAAACAUUGGCCCUGAAACAGAGGGCUUUGAGCCUCCUGCUGAGCAACAACAGCUCCAAAACCCAGUUGUGAUUGGUGGACACGCGUUGCCUGAGCAACAGCAGUAUCCAGUAAUGUUUGAGGGUUCAGUCGGUGAAGCUGGGUUGCCUGAGCAACCGGCACAUCCAAUGGAGGGAGCCAUAGGAGGGGCCUAUGAUGAGCAUCUGGCAGAGCAGUUCCUACAUACAAUGACCCAGACCAGUUUUGGAGAUAAUUUCAAGACUCAAUUCAGGAUAUUAGUGUACUACAGAGGGGUGAUGGUGUCCGAGCAGGAGGUUCAGAAUGAAGUUGGAAUCCGCUUAGUCUACAGGCCCGAACUCAAGGGGACAGUUUUGGAUCACGAGUCAGGCCUGUCCCUGGUCUCUCUGCCAAGCCCUGGACUCAUGCUGGAUCGUACCCAAGCCAAUCUGACCCAACGCAUCCUGGACAAGCUGGGCGAUGGUUUAGACGUGGGGGUGUCAGGCCAUGUGGUCUACGGCCAGCGACGGGGCGAAAUCAAAGCAUUUUGGAGCUUCUCCAAGUUUGACAGGAGCAGGCAGCCGCAAGAGAUUUCUAAACUGGAGCCUCAACCAAUAUACCUCUUCAAGGACUUUGUGCGAGGCAUAUUGGACUUCAUUGAUGGGAGAAAGUGCCCUCCCUGCUCCCUGUUCUUCUGCCUCGGUGAGAAGUGGCCUGACUCAGACAACAGGCCUUGGGAGAAGAAACUUAUCACAGUGGAGGUGGUCCUGACUUCAAUGGAGCUACUGAAGAAUAUGGCGGUUGGAGGCGGCGCUUCCUCCCUGCAGUCUGUGGAGCUGCAGAUGUCCCUCGAAGAGAUGAUGGAGAUGUACUGACACACUUUGCUUAGCCUGAAGAAAGUCAUUGUUUACACUUUUUUUGUAAUCUUAACCUUGACAAGAACAUCUCAGAAAUAAUCAUGUUACUCCACCAAACAGAAUAAUAAUGCCGGUAUUAAUAUCUGCUCUGGUGUUGGAUUUGCUGGCACUGCACAAAGGUGCAGCUUGUACCAUGUUUAAACACAAAUAUGUGCUUUUAAAUUAAUUUAGGUAUUUAUACAUUUAAUAAUGAGACUAUGAUCAGAGUCAUCAGACAGGAACUUUUCUUUACAUCAGUGAUGUUAUUGGUGCUAGUGUUUCUGAGAAUUAAACCCACUUUUUUAAGAUACUUUGCUGCUGUCAUUCAGCCCAAGAGACAAACGCUAACUGUUUUCACAGGCUUGUUACUCAUUCUGCCCUUGUUAAUAAUGUUUGUGCUGAAAUACAAAAAGAAGUACAAUCUUAGUUUCAUAUAAAACUCAAAAUCUGAAAUACUGUGUACAAUGAAAUGAAUAUAAUGUAACAAUACCUAAAACCUCCAAUCAACAGAAAUAAUAGUAACGCUUUAAACUUAACUGUUUAGUCAAAGCUACAAUCAAACUGGAGUAUAAGCUGAUUUAACAGUGCAGAUGUUUUGAUUUUGUAUCACAGGAGACAGUUUUAGCACAAUAUGCACACACACCUGAGCACAAUCCGAGACAGUUAUGUACCGCUACACACCAGAGGCUCUAGAGAAAACAAGUAAAUAUGCUGGGAAGAUUUUCAUCUUCUACUGAAGGGUCACGGCUAACCAAUGAGUGUGUGAGAAACGGCUACCACAUCCAAGGAAGGCAGCAGGUGUGCAAAUUACCUACUCCUGACUUGGAGAGGUAGUGACGAAAAAUAACAAUACAGGACUCUUUCGAGGCCCUGUAACUGGAAUGAGUACACUUUAAAUCCUUUGACGAGGAUCAAUUGGAGGGCAAGUCUGGUGCCUAUAGAGGAAACUGAAUGAAACUAUGCAUUAAAAUACACAUAAUAUCAGUACAAAUAUACGGGUUAAAGACUUUAUUAAAAUAUUAGACCAUAUUGAAACCAAUUCCUUAUUAGGAUCUACUAUCAAUUCAACUCAAACCAGUGUGACCUUAUUCCUGCUCUAUAUUAUUAGUUUGAAUCCAAAGAAGAAGAAAUGAAAAAAAAGAGCUUUUUAUAGCCUUUCUUGAGUUCAUUUAGUUUUAGAAUGGCUGACUGGGUCUGGCUGAGAACUACACUCUGUAUUCAUGUUUUUCAAUACAUUACAUUUCAUUUAUUUUCAUUCAUAUCAAGUAUAUGUAUGCACUGUCAAACUUUAGAAAUGUGAAAUUUACAAAAGAAUAUCAAUAAAUUGAAUAAGUGGA